UAGAGGCGGGGCCCAGAGAGGGGCGUUCCGCGCAGAAGAGGAAGAGGAAGUUGGGGGAGGGUCCUAGGGGGGAGUGAACCGGAAGUGUAAAGGUUCCUGCUUCUCGGCCAGGCGGAACCUGCUCUGCUGGGCCCCGUGGCCGCAAAAGAACUUUCUUUCUCCCGCCCGAACGGAACGGUAGCAGCGGCCAACUGCCUCGCCCGCCUGGCAGCCUAACCCGCCCUCUCUUCUUCUCUCCGGCUUCGCGCGGCCCUGCCUCCCUCUUGCCCGGCGGCAUCCGCUUGCUGCUGCCACCGCCUCCUCAUCUUCUGCCCGGCCAGCCGGCCUGCCCCGCUGCAGUGAUGUGCGACAAGGAGUUCAUGUGGGCCCUGAAAAACGGAGACUUGGAUGAGGUGAAAGACUAUGUGGCCAAGGGAGAAGAUGUCAACCGGACACUAGAAGGUGGAAGGAAGCCUCUUCAUUACGCAGCAGACUGUGGGCAGCUUGAAAUUCUGGAAUUUCUGCUGCUGAAAGGAGCAGAUAUUAAUGCUCCAGAUAAACAUCAUAUUACUCCUCUGCUGUCUGCUGUCUAUGAGGGUCAUGUUUCUUGUGUGAAAUUGCUUCUGUCAAAGGGUGCUGAUAAGACUGUGAAAGGCCCAGAUGGACUGACCGCCUUUGAAGCCACCGACAACCAGGCAAUCAAAGCUCUUCUCCAGUGAUGGAUGGACGGACUGAUAACUUGGGAAGAAUGACUCUCCUGUGGCCUCACACUGCUGCCUGUCUGUCUGUCACUCUCUUAUCUGCCAGCUUCUUCAGCUAAAUACUUUAAGAGGGGUGAGGGGA